AAAUUUGGAAUAGAUUUCAAGUCUAUGAAAACUGGCAAGUUGUAAUUUUAUAUUUGGCAAUACUAUUCUCCAGAUUUGUGUGUGCCGGCAUCGCACGUGAACGUGUCGCAAAAUCUCAAUAAAUUAGUGAAAUCAUCAUGACGGACGAAUAUUUCUAUGGUGCUACUCUUUCCGCGUCACAUCAGUCUGAGACAUGGGACCCGGAGGCAAAAGCGGAAUACCCGCGCAGCAACAAACUGCUCAUCCGCCAGGCGUUACUAGGACCAGAUGCAAAGGCCGAUGAAUUAAAUGUUGUUCAGGUGGAGACAAUGUCACUCCAGGACUCUGUCAAGAUACCAGUGGCGGUGUUGAAGGCAGGCGAGACGAGGCAUGCACGCCUCGACAUCGAAUUCCCAGAUGCACCAGUCACGUUCACACUCAUACAGGGUUCAGGGCCUGUCCACUUGAUUGGUCAGCAUCUUCUGGGCGCACUUGUUGAUGAAUUUGAAGAAAUGGAGGAAAUGGAAGAGGAGAUGCUAGAUGAAGAAGAAGGUGAUGACUCUCAGUUUAAGGAUGAUGAGAAUAAAAGGAAAGCAUCAGCAGGCAAGCGCAAGACGAAUGAGGAUGAGGAUGAUGAGGAGGGUGAACCCAAGGGCAAGAAGGCGAAAAUGUCAAACAACGCCAAAGGUAAAGCUCCGUCUCCCAAGAAGAACGCCAAGAAGUGAAGUGUCGGGGUCGCCAGCGCCGCCUCGCCCGCUCUCCGCUGUCCGCGCCCGCCGCCGCCUUCUGCCUCCACUCGGAUAGACCAAUUCCGCUUAAGACUGACUACAUGCUCGAUGGGUAAAUUUAUAAGUAUUGGAAUGGCUAGUGUAACUUGGAAGUUGGUUUGUGAUGAACUGAUGCCACACUCGCGCCGGUCGGGCGCUGGGCGGAGAGCGGGCGCCGCCGGGCGCAUCUCUUAGUUGUAACUGCAUAGUGUGGUAACUGAGCCUAGGUUAGCGUUGUAUCGACUCGCGUGAUUGAGAGCGUGCGUGGACGUGUGAGUAUGUGUGAUAGUUACUUACCGAUCGAGGUAUCUGCACACUGAUCGAUCCAAUCCUAUGUGGUUACCGCAGAUCGAAUGUGAUGUUUCACAGAUUUUUUUUCUAUACGAUUUUUUUUCCAUUCCUUACUGUGGUAUAGUGUUAUGGAUGUCAAAUUUAAUAUUACUAUAGUCUUAAAUUCACACAGAUGUAUUUUUAAGUUAAGACAUAGUUAAGCAUAAUCAGUGUACUAUAUAUAAGACAUUGAAUCGAGUAGCGCCGGUCGACAUUAUUGAACUUGGUAACGAUUUGAACGAUUUCUCAUUUCAGAAUGAAAACUGAUAAUCUUAUUAUAGUUUGUUUGUACAUAUACAUAUAAAAACAUAAGAAUGGUAACAAUAAAAUUAAACAUUUCUAAACAUU